CGGGGGCGGAGCCUCGGCCCCGCUAGCGGGCCAUUGAGCCCCGAGAGCAGACAGCGGCGGCCGCGGGACACGCACCAUGGCUCUGGACUGGGUGUGCUGGCUGCUGAGGCUCCUCGUGCUAGGGCUUGUGCUGGCAUGGCCGCGCGCCGCGGCUGGGGAGCAGGCGCCAGGCACCGCCCCCUGCUCUCGCGGCAGCUCGUGGAGCGCGGACCUGGACAAGUGCAUGGACUGCGCGUCCUGCCCGGCGCGACCGCAUAGCGACUUCUGCCUGGGCUGUGCUGCGGCCCCGCCUGCCCCUUUCCAGUUGCUUUGGCCUAUCCUUGGGGGCGCCCUGAGCCUGGCCCUCGUGUUGGCGCUGCUUUCUGGCUUCCUGGUUUGGAGACGGUGCCGAAGGAGAGAGAAGUUUACCACCCCCAUAGAGGAGACCGGUGGAGAAGGGUGUCCAGGUGUGGCACUGAUCCAGUGACUGAGUGCCCCCGCCAGCCGGGGCCUCACCUGCUCAUGGUUCAUUCAUUCUUCUGGAGCCAGCCCCUGCUUCCCAGACAGCCAGAGCCAGAGCCAGGCCUCCUCCAGCCACAAGGGGGAAGAGAGUUGUGAAUCACCUCUGAGGCUGCGACCAGGGUUCAGGGGAGGCUUCCAAGGUGUCUCAUUGCCCUGUCUGGCUCCAGGACAGAAAGCAAGCCUCACGCCACUCACAGUAAGAAACUGCAGCAUUUGCACAAGGGGGUCUCCCUGUCCCCUGAUGCCUUGGAGGCCAGGCUGACUCAAGGGCCAGACAUAACACUAGGCCCCACCCACUCAGAUGGACUGAAAUGGGGGGGAGGGCAGGGGUCAGCCUGGGGCACUUAGGGACCUGUUCUUAACACUAGAGGGCUGGCCUUCUAGGAGGGCUGGCCCUAAGAUACAGGGGUAGGAGAUAUUUAUUUUGGGGAGAAAGUUUGGAGGGGAGAAUUUAUUAAUAAAGAAUCUUUAACUUUAAA